AGCUCGCAAUGACAUGUUGACUGUCCAUGCAAUGGGAUGGAACAGAUGGAAGCAGGAAAACCUUCAUGUCGUGUUGGCCAAGAGAUAUGUCAAGACAAUCACAAUGUUGGAGGGUGAGACUCAAAAAAUUAAGGACACCUGCGAAGAGCUUGGAUGCCCUGAGGACAAAGUCCAACAAUGGGUUAAUGAUGUUAGAGACUGGGCAACAAACGACAACACAUCAGGCGACAAUCAGUCUCUCCAGAUGUCCAUUGAGCAGCUAUUUCUAGGGCUGUGCCAAAAGAAAGCUUGCCUCUAUAGACAGACUGACAGCAACAAGAUUCGGCAGUUGCGUCGCAAAAGGUUAAGGGAGGAAAAGACCAAACUCUUAGCGGCAAUACGCCAGUACAACACCGGACAGCCUCCUGAAGGAGAAAUCCAGGAAGAAGAGGUGGAGAGAAGACUGUCUGCAGAACAGCAAACAACAGACAGUCUAAUAUGGCCAUGGGAAAUGCAAAGUGAUGCUCCAGAUACUCCAACCCUGUGUGAUGUACCAAGGAUGGGCUCCAACAAUGCCACACGCAGAUCGCUCCAACUGCGGGAGAACUUCUGCUCCUAUUUCAAUGAGGAGGGUGCAGUGCCAUGGCAGCAGUAUGUGGUGUAG